GCCGCGCAGUGACUGAGCCCGAGACAGAAGGACACCCGCGGGCAGCGCCUCCUCCGCGCAGCCCGGCCGCCGAAGACGCUCCGCUCUCCGAACAGGGACCCGGGCCGAAGCGGGCGGCGCGCAGCGGGCCGAGAAGCCUGCGUGGAGCUGAGCGGCGAGAGGCGCGGGAGCAGGAAGAACAUGGCGGCGGCGGAAGAGUCGGACUGGGAGUGAGGAGAACUCGUGGGGCAGACGAGGCGUUGAGCCCGCCUGCGCGCUCGGCUCCCGCGGCGCUCUCCCCGCCCCCGUCCGAGCAGGCCGGUCGCGUCUCCCGGCUCCCUCCACCCCCGCGUUAGGCCGCGGCCUGCUCUGGGAAGAGGGGCGGCUCCGUCUCGGGCCCCUGAGCCUGACUAGCCUGGAAAAGGGUUCGGGCCUGCCCGCCUCUUGCACAAUAGGGCGACUCCAUCUCCUCCUUCACCUUCUCCCCCCGUCCCCUCGUUCCCACUUUCGCCCUCGGUCGUAUUGCGAAUUUUCCUUUCUAUACACUUGAUUUGAGGUGGGGGGAGGGGGUGUCUAUGUGGGACCGACUACUUGUCCCCUAGUUGUUUCCCUCCCCCUGGUUUGUGCUGUGACAGUUCAUCACGACCCCACCAGCACGCACACACUUGUACCACUUCACUGGCAUCCCUGCUGUUUGUCACCUGUGUAGUGCAGGCCCUUCCCUACCUGCCUUUUCACAUUUUUCACACUGAUCCCCCCCCCCUCCACUUGUUUCUUCCUCUCUACUAUUGCUACUUCCUGUUUUCCGGCAAAGCUUUCACUGCUUAGUAAACAAAGCCCUGUGCGCCCAUACUCUGUUAGAGAUUCCUGUUUUGUUUUUUCCCUUUUGGGGGGGUGAUGCAGCUACUUUAGCAGUGGCGUUUUUUUAAAAAAGAAAGAAAGAAAAAUAAUUCUUUGGAGUGUUCUGUGGGACUCUUAAAAUAUUUUCCUGCUCUCUUUUACUGAGAGGGGGCAAGCCCCCCACCACGCCAGAAUUUUAACAAGCGUCACAGGGCCCUGUGGUGAGGCGAGAGGCAGGAUGACUGAUACCCGGAGAAGGGUAAAAGUGUAUACUCUGAAUGAAGAUCGACAGUGGGAUGAUCGUGGCACUGGACAUGUGUCCUCUGGCUAUGUGGAAAGGCUGAAGGGCAUGUCCCUGCUUGUCAGAGCAGAGAGUGAUGGUUCUCUUCUUCUGGAGUCCAAAAUCAAUCCUAAUACUGCAUACCAGAAGCAACAGGACACUUUAAUUGUGUGGUCUGAGGCAGAGAACUAUGACCUUGCACUUAGCUUUCAAGAAAAAGCUGGAUGUGAUGAAAUAUGGGAAAAAAUAUGUCAGGUUCAAGGAAAAGACCCUUCAGUGGACAUUACUCAGGACUUGGUGGAUGAGUCUGAAGAAGAGCGCUUUGAUGAUAUGUCAUCUCCAGGUCUAGAAUUGCCAUCUUGUGAAUUAAGUCGAUUAGAGGAAAUUGCGGAACUUGUAGCAUCUUCACUGCCUUCCCCACUACGUCGUGAAAAACUUGCUCUAGCACUGGAAAAUGAGGGCUACAUUAAAAAGCUCUUAGAAAUUUUUCACGUGUGUGAGGACUUGGAAAACAUUGAAGGACUUCACCAUUUGUACGAAAUUAUUAAGGGAAUCUUUCUUUUGAAUAGAACUGCACUUUUUGAAGUCAUGUUUUCUGAGGAAUGUAUAAUGGAUGUAAUUGGAUGCUUGGAAUAUGAUCCGUCUUUAUCACUGUCACGGAAACACAGGGAGUUUCUAACAAAAACUGCAAAAUUUAAAGAAGUUAUUCCAAUAUCAGAUCCAGAGCUAAAACAAAAAAUACAUCAAACAUAUAGAGUGCAGUAUAUUCAAGAUAUGGUUCUACCAACGCCGUCGGUAUUUGAGGAAAACAUGUUAUCAACGCUUCAUUCGUUCAUCUUUUUUAAUAAAGUAGAAAUAGUUGGUAUGUUGCAGGAAGAUGAAAAAUUUUUGACUGAGCUGUUUGCACAACUUACAGAUGAAGCCACAGACGAGGAGAAAAGGCAAGAAUUGGUAAAUUUUCUUAAAGAGUUUUGUGCAUUUUCUCAAACAUUACAACCCCAAAACAGAGAUGCUUUUUUCAAAACAUUGUCUAACAUGGGCAUUCUUCCAGCACUUGAAGUCAUCCUAGGAAUGGAUGAUGCCCAAGUGCGAAGUGCAGCGACCGAUAUAUUCUCAUAUUUGGUUGAAUACAACCCAUCUAUGGUGCGAGAAUUUGUCAUGCAAGAAGCUCAGCAGAACGAUGAUGAUAUCUUACUCAUUAACCUCAUCAUAGAACACAUGAUUUGUGAUACAGAUCCUGAACUGGGAGGAGCAGUCCAGCUGAUGGGUUUACUACGUACCUUAGUGGAUCCAGAAAAUAUGCUAGCUACUGCCAAUAAAACAGAAAAAACUGAGUUCCUGGGUUUCUUUUACAAGCAUUGUAUGCAUGUUCUCACAGCACCUUUAUUGGCUAAUACCACAGAGGAAAAACCUAGCAAAGAUGACUUUCAGACAGCCCAGCUGUUGGCCUUGAUAUUAGAGUUACUAACCUUUUGUGUGGAACAUCAUACAUAUCAUAUAAAGAACUACAUUAUUAACAAAGAUAUUCUUCGAAGAGUGUUAGUUUUAAUGGCUUCAAAUCAUGCUUUCCUGGCACUGUGCGCUCUGCGUUUUAAAAGAAAGAUAAUUGGGUUGAAGGACGAAUUCUACAACCGCUAUAUAAUGAAAAGUUUUUUAUUUGAACCGGUGGUCAAAGCAUUUCUCAGCAAUGGAUCCCGCUAUAACCUGAUGAACUCAGCUAUUAUAGAAAUGUUUGAAUUCAUUAGAGUGGAAGACAUAAAAUCCUUAACAGCUCAUGUAAUUGAGAAUUACUGGAAAGCCCUAGAAGAUGUAGAUUAUGUGCAGACAUUCAAAGGUUUGAAAUUGCGUUAUGAACAACAAAGGGAAAGACAAGAUAACCCCAAACUUGACAGCAUGCGUUCCAUCUUGAGGAACCAUAGGUAUCGGAGAGAUGCUAGAACCUUGGAGGAUGAAGAAGAGAUGUGGUUUAAUACUGAUGAAGAUGAUCUCGAAGAUGGAGAGGCAGUGGUGUUGCCCUCUGACAAAAGUAAAAAUGACGAAGAUAUUAUGGAUCCCAUAAGUAAAUUUAUGGAAAGGAAAAAAUUUAAAGAAAGUGAAGAAAAGGAGGUCCUUCUGAAAACGAACCUUUCAGGGCGUCAGAGCCCAAGUUUUAAACUUUCCUUCUCUAGUGGUACAAAGGCUAACCUUACCAGCCAGUCAUCUGCAACUAAUUUGCCCGGGUCUCCUGGGUCACCGGGAUCUCCUGGGUCACCGGGAUCUCCUGGAUCAGUUUCCAAAAGCACAUCUCAGAUGGCAGCUAUAACUACCAAGGAUGUUCCAUAUUGUCUCUGAAGUACGUCAGAUCGCUCAUUGCUGCAGUCCAGCCAACUCUCGUAGGGAGGCCUCGUGGGGCUUGUAGAUUAUCCUGAUGAUGACGAUGAGGAUGAUGAAGAAAGUCUACCUUUGUCACAGAAAACAAAGGUUGAGUCAUCAUAAUGACUGUUCUGAAGAUCAGUCUCAGUUGGGGGGUAAACCUGGUUUCCAGAACAGGAAAAGUCCAUAAUUAAAAACUGCAGCCUUUAGUGAAUUACUGUGUGUGACACAGACCAGUUUAAAAAUAUGGAUUCCUGCUAAUCAAGUGCCAAUUUGAAGGAGCAGAAGAAGAGGAUAUACUACACUUAAUGGGAAUGACAUGCCUGUGACCUCUCCAGCUUGGACCACGCAUUGCUCUUUUCUCAGGGAAGGAAAUGGAAAAAAUAUAUAUAUAUAUAAAGCCAGCAGGGCAGGAGUUUAAUAGUGGAACUCUGGAUUGGCUGGUCAGUCGCUACAAUCAGAAUAUGCUUUCUUGGACCAUGUACAAGACUCGAAGAAAAGGCUUUUCUGCCAUAAUUCUUCACUAGCUGAGAACGCCAGCAGUUUCUUUGUAUAAAAGAGACCUGCCUUUGAAACCACACAUUCUGAACAUUUUAGUCGAGCUACAACAGGUUUUUAAAAAAUGAACGCUGUUGGGGGAGGGCUGACCAUAAGUUGUUUUGUUUUUUUAAUGUGUUCCCUUUGCCCUUUAAACUGCAGAAUGUUUUCUUUGGAGGUGAGAUAUUUGUCUCCCUUUAUUAAAAGAUUGAAUGGAAUUCUAGAUGUGGUCACUUUUUGUGUCAUAAUUUUAUCUUUAUUUUGCCCCCUGAGUGUAUGUUUAGUUGUUGAGUAUAUAUUUGGGACCAUUAAAAUUUUUGAUGUAAUAUAA